UUAUAGUUUCGCGUGCAUUAAGGCGGGAUUGUAGCUUCGAUUCAUCUACGCCAUCUCGAUUGGUAAUAAAGGAACGGUGAUGGUUCGCAUAAGGUAACGAACGGAGACAAAGCUAUUGUGUUCUGGUUUUCGUAGCUAACGUCGCGUUCGCGAUUUUGGGAUGUUAGUCCCUUUGCAUGUAUUUAUUGCAUUGUAGACAGUGCUCAACGUUUCUACAAUGGCGCAGAACUGCUAUGAGGUAGAUGUUUUUGUUAUAAAUAGUGACGGUUGCUUAUCGCCAAAACUUCCAAAAUGUGUUCAAUUAAGAUUGGAUUACGACCCUGAGGGACUUAAUAUUAAAAUAAUCAAUGGUGACGGUAAUGCUUGCAUGGAAUUACCUGUACAUCCCACUACAGACUGCAGUCACGUGUCCUCCAAAUCAUUUGUAUAUAAUACGGAAAAUGAAACAUUAUUUAUAAAAUUUCGAGAAUAUCAAGAUGCCUGCAAUUUUACAAUGGCAGUGAAAAAGGCUAAAUCGGGUAAAGGAGCGUCCGUCUUCUCGGUGCGAACAGAAGAUUCCUCAGCCACACAGUAUUUUCAGUUUUACGGAUAUUUGUCACAACAGCAAAAUAUGCUACAGGAUUUUGUAAGGACCUACACAUACCAAAGAGCAAUACUAAGCAAUUUAAAUGACUUCAAGGACAAAGUCGUAUUGGAUGUAGGGGCUGGUUCCGGAAUAUUGUCAUUCUUUGCUGCUCAAGCGGGGGCUAAACGAAUAUACGCAGUUGAAGCUUCAAGUAUGGCUCAUUAUGCACAAAAAUUAGUCACAGCUAACAAUUUACAAGAUCAUAUAAAAGUUAUACCAGGGAAAAUAGAGGAAAUAGAAUUACCAGAGAAAGUGGAUGUCAUAAUAUCGGAACCAAUGGGGUAUAUGUUAUACAACGAAAGAAUGUUAGAAACUUACCUUCAUGCAAAAAAAUGGCUGUUUCCUGGUGGAAAAAUGUAUCCAGCUCGUGGCGAUCUUCACAUAGCUCCUUUUACAGAUGAUGCUUUAUAUAUGGAACAAUUUAGUAAAGCGAACUUUUGGUUUCAAACUUGCUUCCAUGGUGUAAAUCUGUCAGCGUUACAAAGUUGCGCUCUGAAAGAAUAUUUUAGGCAACCAAUAGUAGACACGUUUGAUAUUCGAAUUUGUAUGAGCAAAUCGAUAAGGCACGUGGUAGACUUUUUAGAAGCUUCAGAAACAGAUUUACACACAAUUGAUAUUCCAUUAGAAUUUCAUCUUUUAGAAACUGGCACUUGCCACGGCCUAGCAUUUUGGUUUGAUGUCGCAUUUGCAGGCUCACAACAAACAGUUUGGUUAAGUACGGGUCCCACUGAACCAUUGACACAUUGGUACCAAGUGCGUUGCUUACUUGAAAGGCCUCUAAUAGUGAAACAAGGACAACUGCUUACCGGCAGAGUAGUUCUAGUUGCCAAUAAAAGACAAAGCUAUGACGUAACAAUGGAAUUAUGUAUAGAAGGAACGACACAAUGUUCGUCAAAUACGUUAGAUCUUAAGAAUCCGUACUUUCGAUACACCGGUGCGCCCGUACAACCCCCACCAGGAGUGUCCAAUAUAUCUCCGAGCGAAAACUAUUGGAAUCAGUUAGAUGCACAGGGUGCGAGGAACGCCGUGAAUAUGGUAAACGGAAUGUCGGUUAACGGAUUAGGCGAAGUUUCUAUGGAUACAACGCAGGCAGUGAUUAAUAAUAACCUCAUAGCGAAUAAUUUGAUAGCGUUAGUUGAACCGGCCCAUCUUGCAGAGGGAAGUCAGCCAAAUAUCCAUCCCGGGUGUAUAUCCAGCACUGGACGGGGACGUGUUAUAGCCAGUCCGACAUCAACUCAUACAGCACAACUAAUCGGAGGUGCCAUAUCGCCGUCGUUAUUUUCAUCACCUAAUGCUGCUCAGCAACCGUUGGUAAUGGCAAACUAUCCAGUCACCGCUAAUUUAAUGAUAGGAGAUUAUGUAACCCCAGAAGACAGUGACAAGAUUUUGCUCAUUUACACGAAUGUCGAAAUCGGAGGGCAACUGGAGGAGCAUGACUACAUAGUGAAAUAAAAGGAAGUAGCAGAAGACUGUUUUUAUUAGAAAUUGGUAUAAAAGCUUUAUAUUUAUUAAAAUAUUUAUCAAUAGAGUAUAUAAAAUAAUUUCCUUUUAUAUAAAAAACGAAAAUAAAUGAAGCU